GAUUCGGGAAUUUUGGGAAUUCCGUGAGUUGGGAAUUCAGGAUUUCGGAAUUUGGAGAUUUUGGAAUUUGGGAAUUCUGUGAGUUGGGAAUUUGGGAAUUCAGAAUUUGGGAAUUCCGGGAGUCUGGAAUUUGGAAAUUUUGGGAUUCAGGAAUUUGGGAAUUUUGGGAUUCGGGAAUUCGGGAAUCGCGGGAUGCGCGUGACCCGCGGGAUGAAAUAAAUCCAAAGAAAAUCCUUUUCCUUUUCCUUUUCUUUUUCCUGCUUGCACGCGCCUUGCACGCUCCUUGCACGCGUGGCACGCGCACGUGACACGCCCUUUGCACACCCCCGCACGUGACCUCCCCACGUGACCCCCCUUGCACACUCGCGCGUGACACGCGCCCCGUUGCACAACCGCCCCACGCACGUGACCGCCCCACGUGACCCCGCCUUGCACACUCGCCGCACACCCGUCUCCCCUCGCGCCCCCCGCCCCGGCCAAUCGGAUCGCUGUUGCCAGGCAGAUUUCGGCCCCUCCCGCCCCGCCACAUCCGGGCGCUCACCCCCAGCCGAGGAGGGGGGCGGGCUCAGCCAAUCACGGCCGCGGGCGCCGCCGUAUCCGGGCAGACCAGCGCCGCCGCGGCCAAUCAGAAAAAAGAAGGGGCCGCGCGCGGCGAGCGAGGGGCGCGUCCACUUUCGGUUCGCGCGGGGGGCGCGGGGCACGUGGCGGGACCCCUCCCCUCCCCCCCCCUCCCCGGGCCCCCCGAGCAGGACGGGACCAGGACGCAGCUGCCAUGGCUGACGAGGAGCUGGGGACCAGAGCCACCAGGAAGGGCGCCUUGUCACCUGGCGGUGCCCGGGGCGGUGCCACCGAGUCCAGCACGCUGCUGCAGGAGCUGCGGGGCAACAUCUCCAAAUCCGUGCAGAGCAAGGUGGACUCCAUCCUGCAGGAUGUGCAGAAGUUCUCGGACAGCGACAAACUCUACCUGUACCUGCAGCUGCCCUCGGGGCCCAGCCUGGGCGAGAAGAGCAGCAGCUCCUCGCUGGAGCUGAGCGCGCUGGGCACGGCCGAGCACAUGCACGCCUGCAGCUGGAUCCGCAACCACCUGGAGGAGCACACCGACACCUGCCUGCCCAAGCAGGACGUCUACGACGCCUACAAGCGCUACUGUGACAACCUGGGCUGCCGCCCGCUGAGCACGGCCAACUUCGGCAAGAUCAUCCGUGAGAUCUUCCCCAACAUCAAAGCCCGGCGCCUGGGGGGCCGUGGGCAAUCCAAGUACUGCUACGGCGGGAUCCGGAGGAAGACCGUGGUCAGCCUUCCUCCCCUGCCCAGCCUGGACCUCAAAGUGACCGAGACGGCGGAGCUGGCCGAGCUGGCGCAGUCCUACAGCAGCGAGGUGACGGAGGCCGCGUGUGCCCUGACGUGCGACUGGGCCGAGAAGAUCCUGCGGCGCUCCUUCAACAACAUCGUGGAGGUGGCGCAGUUCCUGCUGCAGCAGCACAUCAUCAGCCCCCGCUCCGCCCACGCCGACCUGCUCAUGGCCAUGGUGCUCUCAGAAAACACGGACAAGCCCCCCCAGGACCCCCGGCCACCCGCAGCCCCCAGGAAGAACGGCCCGGACGCCUCGGAGAGCGGCCCGGAGCAGGCCCGGAAGGACGCCGCCGCCAAGGGCGCGGGGCAGGCGCGGCCGGAGAAGAAGAAGGCGGCGGAGGCGGCGCGGGCGGGCAGCAGCCCGCAGGUGAACGCGCUGGUGGCGCGGCUGCCGCUGCUGCUGCCGCGCAUCGCGGCCCCGGAGCGGCCCCCGGGCCCCGGCGCGGCGCCGGCGCCGCCCGUGCUGGUGCCCAAGCUGGGCGGCACGGUGAAGGUGGCGCUGCCGCUGCCCGUGGGCGCCGCGCUGGCCCCGGGCGGCGCCGCCAUCCCCGUGCUCAACGUGCUGCUGCCCGGCGUGGGGGUCCCCGCGGCCGAGACCCCCGGCGGCGGCGCCCGGCCGGGAGGGGACGGCGAGGGACAGCGCGGCAGGGCCGGCAAGCGCGCCCUGGAGGGAGCGGGGGACGGCGCCGCGCUCAAGAGGAGGCGCGGGAGGCCCCGCAAGAGGCCGGGGGACGCGGCCGCCUCGCCCGAGGACGCCGAGGUCCCCAGGGGGGAUGAGGGCGGGGAUUCGCCCCCCGGGGCUGGCAGUGCCACCGUGCCCGCUGGGGACAGGGGGGCCGCUGGCGGUGCUGAUGAGGGUGCUGGGGACGGCAUGGAGGUGGACAGUGACGCGGUGACGGGUGGGGACAGCCCGGUCAGUGGCACUGCCACCACCCACCUUAGUGACAGCCCAGUCAAUGGCAGUGCCAGUGUCCCCCUUGGGGACAGCCCGGUCAGUGGCACUGCCACCACCCACCUUAUUGACAGCCCAGUCAAUGGCAGUGCCACCACCCACCUUGGGGACAGCCCGGUCAAUGGCAGUGCCACUGUUCCCCUUGGGGACAGCCCAGUCAGUGGCACUGCCACCACCCACCUUAGUGACAGCCCAGUCAAUGGCAGUGCCACUGUUCCCCUUGGGGACAGCCCAGUCAGUGGCACUGCCACCACCAACCUUGGGGACAGCCUGGUCAGUGGCAGUGCCAGUGUCCCCCUUGGGGACAGCCCGGACAGUGGCACUGCCACCACCCACCUUAGUGACAGCCCGGUCAAUGGCAGUGCCAGUGUCCUCCUUGGGGACAGCCCGGACAGUGGCAGUGCCAGCGUCCCCCUUAGUGACAGCCAGGUCAGUGUCAGUGCCAGCACCCACCUUAGUGACAGCCCGGUCAAUGGCAGUGCCACUGUCCCCCUUGGGGACAGCCCGGACAGUGGCAGUGCCAGCGUCCCCCUUAGUGACAGCCCGGUUAAUGGCAGUGCCACCACUCACCUUGGGGACAGCCUGGUCAAUGGCAGUGCCACUGUCCCCCUUAGGGACAGCCCGGACAGUGGCAGUGCCAGCGUCCCUCUUGGGGACAGCCAGGUCAAUGGCACUGCCACUGUCCCCCUUAGGGACAGCCCGGUCAAUGGCAGUGCCACUGUUCCCCUUGGGGACAGCCUGGACAGUGGCAGUGCCAGCAUCCCCCUUGGGGACAGCCCAGUCAAUGGCAGUGCCUCUGUUCCUCUUGGGGACAGCCCAGACAGUGGCAGUGCCAGCGUCCCCCUUAGUGACAACCCGGUCAAUGGCAGUGCCACUGUUCCCCUUGGGGACAGCCCAGUCAGUGACAUUGCCACUGUUCCCCUUGGGGACAGCCCAGUCAGUGACAGUGCCACUGUUCCCCUUGGGGACAGUGGCAGUGCCAGCUUCCCCACUGAUGGCUCUCCUGGUGGUGGCAGUGCCACUGUCCCUGUCAAGGACAGCUCACCCAUGGCCAGUGACACUGGGGACAGGCCGGUCACCGGCAGUGCCACUGCUGAGGACAGGCCUGUCGCUGGCAGUGCCACUGUCCCUGUCAGGGACGGGCUGGAUGUUGGCAGUGCCACCAGCCCUGUCAGGGACAGCCCAGCUGGUGGCAGUGCCACUGCACCGGUCAAGGACAGUCUGGCCAGGGGCAGUGCCACCACUGGGGACAGCCCAUCCCAGGGCAGUGCCACCACCCCCGCUGAGGACAGCCCAGCCGGGGUCGGUGACAAUGGGGACAGGCCGGUCACUGGCAGUGCCACCACUGAGGACAGGCCUGUCACUGGCAGUGCCACCACCCCCGCUGAGGACAGCCCAGCCAGGGUCGGUGACACUGAGGACAGGCCGGUCACUGGCAGUGCCACCACUGAGGACAGGCCUGUCACUCACAGUGCCACCACCCCUGCUGAGGACAGCCCAGCCAGGGUCGGUGACACUGAGGACAGGCCUGUCACUCGCAGUGCCACCGUCCCCAGGCAGGACAGCUCACCCAGGGCCAGUGGCACUGGGGACAGGCCGGUUACUAGAAGUGCCACUGUCCCCACCGCUGGUGGCAGUGCCACCAUCCCUGUCACGGACAGUGCAUCCCGGGCCAGUGGCACCACUGGGGACAGGCUGGUCACCAGGAGUGCCACCAUCCCUGUCAGAGACAGCCCAGCUGGUGGCAGUGCCACUGCACCAGUCACGGACAGUCGGGCCAGGGGCAGUGCCACCUCUGGGGACAGCCUGUCCCGGGGCAGUGCCAGUGUCCCCGUCAGGGACAGCUCACCCAGGGCCAGUGGCACUGUUGGGGACAGGCCGGUCACCAGGAGUGCCACCAUCCCUGUCAGGGACAGCCCAGCUGGUGGCAGUGCCACUGUCCCUGUCAAGGCCAGUCCGUCCCGGGGCAGUGCCACCGCUGGGGACAGGCCAGUCAGUGGCAGUGCCACCGUCCCUGUCAGGGACAAACCAGUCCCUGGCAGUGCCACUGUCCCUGUCAAGGACAGCUCAUCCCGGGGCAGUGCCAGUGUCCCCAGGCAGGACAGCUCACCCAGGGCUGGUGGCACUGUUGGGGACAGGCCGGUCACCAGGAGUGCCACUGUCCCUGUCAGGGACAGCCCAGCUGGUGGCAGUGGCACUGUCCCUGUCAGGGACAGCUCAUCGAGGGCCAGUGCCACCGUCCCUGUCAAGGACAAGCCAGUCCCUGGCAGUGCCACCAUCCCUGUCAGGGACGGCUCAUCCUGGGGCAGUGCCACUGUCCCCAGGCAGGACAGCUUGCCCGGGAGCAGUGGCACGGUUGGGGAAAGGCCGGUCACCAGGAGUGCCACCAUUCCCAGCAGGGACAGGCCAGUCAGUGGCAGUGCCACCGGCCCUGUCAGGGACCAGCCAGUCCCUGGCAGUGCCACUGUCCCUCGGAGGGACAGCUCAGCCAGGGGCAGUGGCACCGGGGACAAACCGGUGACUGGCAGUGCCACCGUCCCUGUUAGGGACAGCUCCUCCAGGAGCAGUGCCACCCCUGGGGACAGGCUGAGCAGGGGCAGUGCCACCUCUGGGGACAGGCUGAGCAGGGGCAGUGGCAGUGUCCCCACCAGGGACAGGUCACCCAGAGACAGUGGCACUGGGGACAGGCCAGGCAGGGCCAGUGCCACCAUCCCUGUCAGGGACAGGUCACCCAGAGACAGUGGCAGCGGGGACAGGCCAGGCAGGGGCAGUGCCACCACUGGGGACAGGCUGAGCAAGGGCAGUACCACCACUGGGGACAGGCCGGGCAGGGGCAGUGCCACCACUGGGGACAGGCCGGGCAGGGGCAGUGCCACCACUGGGGACAGGCUGAGCAGGGGCAGUGCCACCAUCCCUGUCAGGGACAGGCCAGGCAGUGGCAGUGGCAGUGGCAGUGGCAGUUGGCAGUGGCAGUUGCAGUGGCAGCGGCAGCGUCCCCGUCAGGGACAGGUCACCCAGAGACAGUGGCAGUGGGGACAGGCCAGGCAGGGCCAGUGCCACCGUCCCUGUCGAGGACAGGCCGGGCAGGGGCAGUGGCACCAUCAGGGACAGGCUGGGCAGGGGCAGUGCCACUGUCCCCACCAGGGACAGCUCAGAUGGUGGCAGUGCCACUGUCACUGUCAAGGACAGGUCAGCUAGAGCCAGUGGCACCAUGGGGGACAGGUCAGUCAGGGGCAGUGCCACUGUCCCUGUCAAGGACAGCGCAGGCAGGGGCGGUGCCACCACUGGGGACAGGCUGGGCAGGGGCAGUGCCACCACUGGGGACAGGCCAGUC